GCUCUCUUUCAAAACAGCCCCUAUUUCAAUUCCCUUCAUUCUUAACCAACCUUCACUAUUCCUAUUCCCCCAUUUUCUCUCUCCUCUUUCUCUCUCUUUAUAUAUCAAUGGCAGAGGUUUCCUUUCUCCAUUUCCCCGAAGACGACCACGAUUUCUUCGUUGAACACGAACACGAAUUGUUGUUAGACGAAUUCUCCACCCUUGAUUCCUUCCCUUGCUUUACCGAUUCUCUCUCUUCUAGCCGACACGGCGGCACCCACGCCGGACUCGAGUUUUUCGCCCCCAGUUCUUCCAGACGGACUGCCGGGUCGUCUACUGGAUCUGAUUUUGGGGACGGUGUUGUCGGUGAUCGGAAAAAUCAGGUAAAUUUUGUUAUGGACUUGUUUCAUCAACAAGUCGAGUUAUCUCAUAUUAUGGGUUGUGAUGAAUUUGUUUCACUUGAUGUAAAUGAUAUGAAUUUUGGGGUGAUUGAGGAAAAUUAUGAUGUGAGUGUUGAUGAUUUGGAUUUGGAAUUGCGUUUAGGGUUAGGGUUAGAAGAUGACGGGGAUGGUGAUGCUGAUGCUGAUGCUGAGGAUGAUUGUAAUUGUAGUGGGUUUAUUGUUUCUGAAUGCGGGGAUGAGUUUUAUGUUGCGAGGAGAGAGAGUGGGAGUGAGAACGAGAAUGAGAUUCUGAGUGGUUCGCCGAGGGCUGAUGGAUUAGUGAUGGCCAGGAUCGAGUCCGAUUCCGAAGAGGAGGAGAAUGAAUUGUGGAGGGUUCAUGUGCAUUCUGAGGAGGAAGAAUUUGAAGUUGAUGAUGUGAAUGUUGAUGACUUAAGCAUUCCACUGUGUUGGGAUUCGUUCCAAUUGGAGGAGGAUGAUGAUCACGGCGGGGUUACUGCUGAUUUCGAGUGGGAAGAGGUGGAUGAUGGUGGAGUUGAUGAUGGACUGGAUGGGGAAGUGUUGAGUGUUGCUGCUGAUCAUGAUGGGUCGAGGUCGGUCUCAGUUUGGGCCUAUUCCGGGCCAGAGGAAGACAGGGUUGAAGAAAGAGAAACCGAAAGACAAAGAGGGAGAGGGUUAAGGAAUCUGGAAUGGCAGGUUUUGCUGGAUGUUAACCAUAUGGGAGGAAGGAAUCCUGAAACAAUUGGAAACGAUAAUGAUCCUGUUCUUGGCCUUGGAGCUUAUCUUAAUGAUCAUGAUGAUUUUUUCAAUGCGGCGGAGUAUGAAAUGAUGUUUGGGCAGUUUGCAGAAAGCGAGAAUGCUUUCUUGACCCGCCCACCGGCUUCAAAGUACGUCGUUGAGAAUCUCCCCUCUGUAAUCACAACGAAAGAGGAUAUGGUGAAUGAGAAAGCACUUUGUGCUGUUUGUAAAGAUCAGAUCGAGGUUGGGGAAGAGGGAAAGAAGUUGCCUUGCUCACAUCGGUACCAUGGUGAUUGCAUCAUCCCUUGGCUUAGGAUUCGAAAUACUUGUCCGUUGUGUCGAUUUGAAUUGCCUACAGAUGACGCUGAUUACGAGCAGAGGAGGGGGCAGAGAGUUGCCCGUGUACCUUGAAUUGUAGGAGAAGGUCAGAAAGAACUCAAAACAUGAUAGGUUUUGCACCAUGUAGAUAGAAGCUUUUCUGGGAAGAAUGAUCUGUAUAUUUUUUUGAUUAAAGAUUCUUUGUCGUUAGAUCUUGAUUUUGUAUGUUUAUGUGUGAGGUCUGAACCCCAUUCAUACAAUAUUCGAUUUGGCAGUGUUUGGUGUAUAAAAUAUAUGUUGCAGACUUUGGAACAGCCGCAUUCAGCAAUGAGCAUUGCCAUGCUGCAGUUUUUUGUCCGAAGAUACUGGUUCCUAAUUGUAUUUCAAUGAAAAAAUACAAUAAAGAAGCUGGAAUUUCCCUUCCAUUGACAUUUUUCAGAAUUCCUGUAAUUUUCCUGGUGUAGGAGUUGUUUAAGUUCCAGAUCAUUUGUUUAA